AUGAAGCUGUCGCUGGUGUGCAUGGUUGCAGUAACGGUCCUCUGUCUCGUCCGAUCUGGAGGCGAGGAAGAUCUGGACCCGAGAGACACAGAGGAGUAUGAAAGGCUCCGAUUCCAGGAGGACUCACCGCUGGUGCUUUAUCUGGCCACGGUGGAGAUGCUUAUUUGCGGGUCCUGCGCUGCAACUGCAGCUGCCAUGUACUCACGCCAGGGGCAUCAACUGAGGCACCCUGCAGAGCACGAACAGUCGGCUCUUUUCACAAAGGUCGAGCUUUGCAAAGAUCCCGGCUUCGAGGACUGCCAGCUCUACGGCCUUGGCUUUCGUCCGAGCUCCGAUGGUUUGGAGUGUCUGGUGGUGGAGGACAUUCGCAGGGACUCCUUGCUGGAUCGCUGGAAUCAUCGCAGCCAUGACCUGUCCCCAGAGGAACUUGUCGAGCAGGCCUUGGGGGAAGAAGUCGCUGCGGUCGCAGGCGAGGGGUUUUCGGCGCCGUCGCCGAGGCCGGGUGCCGGGCGGCCUCUCCCCAAGGUGGCGCUGGGCUCCGCGAUCGUGGCUGUGAACGACGUCUACGCCGACGUGGGCUUGAUGCAGCAGCAGCUCUUCAAACCACAGGUAACCCUCUGGGUGCGACGAGAAGAUGACGGCCUCCACCCAAGCGAGCUGGAUGCAGGUGUCUUCGGUGCGGAGGUCCCUCCUGUGGCGACAGGUCCCGUUUCCACUCUGGGAGCCGUGGAGGAAGGCCGGGAGAGACACCAGGUGGUGGACUCUCAGCUGCAGCUGCUCUCUCCUCUUCUCCUCCUCCUGGCAGGGGCUCCGGCUGGCGGCCUGCGGCCUGCGGCUCCACGAGUGGCACGCGCCCCGUUUCACAUCCCAACACCAUCCUCCCUUUUCUUCCUCUCGGAUUUUUUUCUCUUCUUGCGGAGGCUUGCCUCGCCAUGGAGGCGCCUCGGGGAGGGGGGCUGGAGGGGCUGGGCCGAGGACGAAGAAGCACAGAUCCUGACGCGCUGGACCGUCUGUGGCAUCAUGUUCGGAUGGGUGACGCUGCUCCCGGUGCUUCUUAUGCAGCCUCACGAAGAAAGGUGUGGUGCCGAGCUCUUUCGGCAGUUCUUGCUGAAGCCAUGCUUGUUCUUGUUGCCCCUUUGGAUGCUCCUCUGGAUUCUGGAUUGCCUUCAGCUGCUCUUGAUGAUCCAGAUCCUCCACCCCUUCUACUACUUCGCGUUUUGCCACACGGUGAUUCCAGGCGUCCUGGUUUGGUACCUCUUCGCCAUGCAGGCCACGGAGGAGCGCAUCGUGCUUGAUCAGCGGCGAUCGCGCCGUGCAGAGGAGAAAGACGCGAGCUGCGAUGUUGCCAUCAUGGCUCCUCUGAGCGUGGUGGAAGACGCAGCUCCGGUGCUCCUCAAGGAGCUCAUCACCUUGAACCCCGUGGCCAUGCUUGGGCUCGGCACCUGCGCUUCCAUCCCGAUCCUCCUCUGCUCGCUCUUUACCGUGUUCCAGACCAGGCGGGCGAGACAUGCUCAGGGCUUCGUGAAUCUCAUCUACGGCCUGCUCACCGUCUUUCAGCUGGCCUCCCUGUACCUCCUCUACCACCUCCGCUUCGCUCAGCUCCCGGAGAUGUAUCUGGCGGCCUUCUACUUCCUGAUCUCCAUCCCCUGCUUCGCCGUCUGGUGCGUUUGCCUGGCCUGCGCCAACCACUUUGCCAAGAAGGACCUGCAGCUGUGCGAGUCCCAAAGGAUCGAGCGUGCCAAGGAGGCGUUGAAAGCGAGUCCGGCAAAAGCCUCAGGGGGCCUCCGGCGUCCACCAUGUCUGGCUAUAUCUCUCGAGCAGCACCUCGACUGCGUGACAUGCCCUCCUUCAAGGUGUCUUUAA